UCUGAUCAACCUAUUAAAGCAUAAUUGUGUGUUUGUGCUUAGGGUGGCCAUUAAUUUCGUUAUAAAUAAAACAUUGGGUACCCUUCGUCAGUUCCGGCGCCCGUUUAAUCUAAAACAUCGCGAUAUGAAUCACGCUCAACCCUCUGUCAACGCCGAUGAAGUGCUCUAUAAUUUGACGCCGCGUUUCGAACUGCCUCUGGAGGUAUGUGUCUAACGAGACAACAUUGUAUUAACCUCCACAAAAUUGACCUGCUACAUCUAAUGCACGGUUCACAGUGCCCCGGUACGCGAAUUUACCCUACUUUAGCGUCUUCAUGGUUGCAUAUACACAAUGGCUUCCCGGAGAGAUCAGUUUAAGCCAGAGGAUGCCGAGGGAGAAGAUAUCGAAUUGAGUACACUAGGGGAAGGCAGCGAACAACCUCUGAAAAAUGAGUCAAGUGGGUGCUUGAGCUUCUUCAAAAAUACAUGGAAGAAGUUCAUAGAGAUUCGGCCUAGCCACUACGAUGACUUAGACAGCUUGGAGAGAUAUUAUUUAAACUCGGAACUCGAAGAUUUAGAAACACCUCCUCGCUACCGACCGGACAGUUUGGAGGCCCUUUGCAAGGCAACAAGGUUCACACAAGCGGAAAUCAAGAGGAUAUAUCGCGGCUUCAAAGCGGAGUGUCCUACUGGUGUCGUUAAAGAAGAAACGUUUAAAAUGAUUUAUUCGCAGUUCUUUCCACAAGGUGCCAACACCAGCCAAUAUGCUCAUUACGUGUUCAAUACUCUGGAUCAGCAACACAGCGGAUUAAUUAGCUUUGAGGAUUUCGUGCAGAAUUUGUCCAUUUUAUCUCGAGGUUCGCUAGACGAGAAACUGCGCUGGGCUUUCACCUUAUAUGAUAUUAAUGGAGAUGGGUGCAUAACGCGGGAGGAAAUGACGGACAUUGUUAGUGCGAUAUAUGAUUUGAUGGGAAAGGUUGCGGAACCUUGUGUUGAUGAAGACACCGUUAAGGAAAAAGUCGACAGGAUAUUUCAGAAAAUGGACAAGAACAAGGACGGCGUCGUCACCCUGGAUGAAUUUCUUGAGUGCUGCAGAAAAGAUGAAGAUAUCUCUUCUUCCAUGGCCGUUUUCGAUUCAUCGAUAUGACGUUCACCAGUCGGCGUUCGUCCACCUCCCUCUUGGACAUGAACGAAUGUCGACCGCGAUUCAAUGACAAUGACCAACGUAAUUAAAUUAUUUAAAACAGUGAUAAAUUAUCAACAAAACUAUUUAAGAAAAAGCCAGCAAGCUACGGUGUGGGACGAAUAAAAGCUAAAGCGAUUUGACGUGUCCGGUGGUAAUUGUGGGAUUUGCGGAUGAUUACGGUUCGUUUUACACCGUAAGUUUGUAUAUUUAUACCAAAUUUCUUACAGUUUUUAUAAAAAAGGAUGUAGAUAAAAUAAUAUAUUUUAAAUAUAUAGAAAUUAAACUUCAGAUAAAUAUAGCAUAGAUAAAAAUACUGAAACAAAUACCUACAUUAUUUAAGCAGACACUUAUUUAUUAACAUUGUGCUGGGGCAAUUACUCAAAAAAUAUGCUGCUGUAACUGAUUGCUAAAUGCGUUUUCGCUAAACGCCCCUUGAUCUGAAACGGGAUUAGAUUACUUAACCCUCUGGGUUUUUUCAACUGUCAUUAGCUACAAUUUAUAUAGGAAAAACUUCAAAAUUGCAUGUGAUUUAUUUUAACUAUUUUAACAAACACCAGUGGUUUUGAAUUUAUCUGCGACAAUUUAAAUUUGUUAUUGAAACAUAGAUAUUUUUAUAUUAACCAUGUAAUACCAACAAAAUUGUGGAAUUGGGUAUAAAGCUUUUAAAAGUUUCCCCAAAUUUUGGGUACUUAUUUGGGAAACAUCUUAGCGAUAUAAAUAAAGCGACGAUAUCAUUAUUCACCUAAGAUGCUAGUGAGCCAUAUUCGUUAGACAUAUCUGUAUGUCAUUAUAUACCUACCUAAAUUCUAGAUUAUAUUAUUGUUGAUAUAUGUAAGACUGUUCAAUGUACUAGGAUCUAAAUGUGUGAUGUAUGUUAGUCAAAAGAUUGACAAUAUUUUGGUUAGAAAAACCUAAAUUACGUAGCUUUUUUAUUACAAAAGUUAUUUUAUAAUGGAGCGUCUAUGGUGCUAUGUACCGAAAUUGAUAAGGAUAAUGUUCUUCUAUGUUAUUAAUGUUUAUCAUUUUUGUAUAUGUUAUUUAAUGGGUAAAAAUUAGUGCUGUGCCAAAUACGAAUGUUUUAAAACAAGCUGCAAGGCGCAGAUUACAUUUAUUUCUAGUUAAGCUUAAUGUUACCAAAAUAUGGUCGAGAUAAUUCACAAAUAUUCCUAUCCUCAUCCUAAUCACUGUUUAUAUUUGUAUAGAAUAGUAUAAGGCCCAUUUUAAUGUUACGUAUCUCAAAAACUCAUUGUUAUUUGUAAAUAUGACAAGUCAGGAGAUCUAUUAUGUACCCAUUUUUAAUGUUAUAAACAUAUUACAAAUCCCUUAUCGUGUUUUUUUUUUUAGUUAUUUAUGUAUCAUGGUAAUAAACAACUACUUUAGUUUCAAAUGUAUAGGUAACGUAGUUAAUUUCGAAUUAAUGUCAGAGGCGACCGAAGGGAUACCGAAACGAUAUUAUUUAUUCCAGAGAUGCAUCCAAAACUUUCCUCUCAACAGACUAAAUUAAUAAUAACAUAAGGACAUGAUAAUUUGUUAAAUAAUGUCAA